AUGCAAGCCAAUGUGAUCAUUGCUGCUACCUAUGCCAAUACCAAGGCUGAGAGUACCGUGCUUUCCAAAGAGCUCAUAUACGCAGCCCUGCAACAGGUUGGUCCUCAAUACCCCGAGCUGGGGACAACUACCUUCUGUCGCCCAUCGGAAACAAAGUCUGGGCAACACCGGCGCUGGUCGGCUUUUUUGCAGCAGAUCAAUCUGGAUGACCAUGUCAAGUUCAUCAAUAUCCCAGCAGAGGAGGAAGCACAGGGACUGACUGCCACUCUUGAGAGAUACCACAACCUUUGGUUUGAGCCAUCGAUAAAACCAGCAUGGCAGCUGGUGGUUGCAAACGGAAGACAUUUGCUGUUCGUUUACGAUCACUACAUCACCGAUGGGCGCGGUGGUACUUACAUACUGGAGAGUAUCUUGGAUGCCCUCAACUCUCCCAAGCAAGAACUCGUCAACUCAUCAAUCCUCGAGUUUACAACUGAUAUCAAGGGAUUUCCCGAGGUUGAUCCAAUCAAGCGGGCCCCAGCACCACUUUCUCUUUUUCAGGCAAUCCUGAAUUAUCUUCGUUUCUGGGCCAUCUUGCUGCUCUACAGAAAAAAACACCUCUUUUUUCAUGACGUUGUCAUCAAAGACCUGAAAUUGGACUACAACAACCCACAGAAAGAGGCCAAUCUGGUCAAAACACGACUUCACAGCCUUCGCCUCGAUGCCUCUACAAUACAGAAAUGCGCUCAGGCCUGUCGAGCCCAUCAAACCACUUUCACAAGUCUGCUGCACACCCUGAUCAAAGUGACAUUAGCAGCAGACUUCUACCCUCAAGCCAAGUUCAAUCAUUCAACAACGGUCGUUGAUAUCCGAUCCUACCUGAAGCCCCAUGACAGAGAAAAGACUAUGGAAACUGCGGCUUCUAUCGUGUCAAGCUGGGACUGGUUACCGCAGUUCCGCCAAGCAGGAGAACAGACAGCCUCUAAAGAUAACACGGCGUUUGAAGCAAAUUUGCUCUGGGAGCUGGCGCGCAAGCAUCGAGCACAUGUACUCAACGAUAUGAAUCACCGAAAGACGUGUUUCACCGCUUGGCAGUCUGUCGAUCUCCUCGGGCAAGAUGAAGAAGACUACAUUACCGGCUUCAUUCCUGGUUUGAAGCUUUGCCAGCGAAAUGCUUUCUCCCUUUCUAAUCUGGGUGCUUUUCGACCAAAUCAAUCGGUCGGGCAGGACGGGCGCAACGCAGAUUGGACCAUUACCAAUCUGGAGUUCUCUGCUGGUGCUUACAAAACUGGGUACGCGGCCAACCUGGUGUUCAAUGUGGCGGGUGUCCAAGAUGGCCCGACUACUGUGCACGUCUGCUAUGAAGAAGGUGCCUUGAGUGACGAUUUUGUCGAUUCGGUUUUAGAGCGAAUCAAAAUGCGGAUGGAUGCCAUUAUUUAG